AUGAAGUUCAUUUGUUUGACGCUGCUGAUUAUUAGUGGAAUUACAGACUCAAGAUCAGAGCAGUAUAAGGUAGUGGGUCCUGCAGAUUCUGUAUUUGCUGUAGCUGGUGAAGAUGUGAUUCUGCCCUGUUCAGUCAAACCCAGCAUCAGUGUUGUGGACAUGAGAGUGGAGUGGCAUAGACUAGAUCAGAAAUACUUACUAGUGCAUCUCUUUGAUGAUCAUGAAGACAGAAACACAGAGCAGAUUCAGUCCUACAGAGGGAGAACAAAACUGAAUCAUCAAGAACUACAGAGAGGAAACGCAUCACUCAAACUCUCAUCAGUCCGAGUCUCUGAUGAAGGACUUUAUAAAUGUUUCAUUCAGUCCAAAUCCUGGAACGAUGACACCACUGUUAAUGUUAAAGUUGAAGCUGUAGGACGUCCUCCAGUGAUCACUGUAGAUGGGUUUGAUCAUUCAGGAGGGCUUCAUCUACAGUGUGAAUCUGAAGGCUGGUAUCCUGAACCUGAUCUUGAGUGGCUGGACAGUGCAGGAGUCAGUUUGAGUUCAGAAACUACAGAGACACACAGAAACACAGAGGGAUUCAAUGUGAAACAUACUAUCACUGUACAUCACAGUGACAAGAUUCACUGCAGAGUCAAACUGAGACAUCACAUGCUGGAGGCACUGAUUAUCAGCUCAAGUAAUAUGUUUAAUUCUUGGAGGACAUCAGUCAUCGUGAUUGUUGUGCUCAGUGUGAUUGCUGGAAUACUGAUAGCUGUGUUUGCUCAUAAAAACAGAGUCAAACCCAGCAUCAGUGUUGUGGACAUGAGAGUGGAGUGGCAUAGACUAGAUCAGAAAUACUUACUAGUGCAUCUCUUUGAUGAUCAUGAAGACAGAAACACAGAGCAGAUUCAGUCCUACAGAGGGAGAACAAAACUGAAUCAUCAAGAACUACAGAGAGGAAACGCAUCACUCAAACUCUCAUCAGUCCGAGUCUCUGAUGAAGGACUUUAUAAAUGUUUCAUUCAGUCCAAAUCCUGGAACGAUGACACCACUGUUAAUGUUAAAGUUGAAGCUGUAGGACGUCCUCCAGUGAUCACUGUAGAUGGGUUUGAUCAUUCAGGAGGGCUUCAUCUACAGUGUGAAUCUGAAGGCUGGUAUCCUGAACCUGAUCUUGAGUGGCUGGACAGUGCAGGAGUCAGUUUGAGUUCAGAAACUACAGAGAAACACAGAAACACAGAGGGAUUCAAUGUGAAACAUACUAUCACUUUACAUCACAGUGACAAGAUUCACUGCAGAGUCAAACUGAGACAUCACAUGCUGGAGGCACUGAUUAUCACCACAAGUAAUAUGUUUAUUUCUUGGAGGACACCAAUCAUCCUGAUUUCAGUUUUUAUUGUGCUCAGUAUGAUUGCUGGAAUACUGAUAGCUGUGUUUGUUCAUAAAAACAAAGUGAAUGUGAUUCUGGAUGCUGAUAUGGCUCAUUCACAUCUCAUCGUGUCUGAUGAUGGGAAACAAGUGAGAAAUGGAAACAGAAAACAGAAAGGAGUGGAUGAACAAAAAGACAGAUUUGAUCAAUAUCUUGGUGUUCUUGGGAAGGAUGGAUUCUCCUCAGGGUGUUUUUACUUUGAGGUGCAGGUGAAGGGACAGACUGAGUGGUAUUUAGGAGUGACCAGAGCAUCUGUUAGCAGGACGGGGUCGAUAUGUCUGAGUCCUGAGAAUGGAUACUGGUCUGUGUGUCUGAAAAAUGGGAAAUAUUGGGCUUAUGAGUCUUACCAUGUCUCUCUUUCUCUGAGUGUGAAACCUCAGAGGGUCGGUGUGUUUGUGGAUUAUGAAAAGGGUCUUAUCACUUUUUAUGAUGUGGAGUCCAUGUCUCUUAUGUAUUCUUACACUAAUCAGUCUUUUGAUGAGAAACUCUAUCCAUUUGAUAGUUUGGGGUAUCUGAAGAAUGAAAACUUCACACCACUGAUUAUCUGUGAUGAUUAUUAA